UCCUCCGCACUUGUUCGACUCUGCCUCCGCCCUGCGCUUCUCACCGACGCGGAACACUGAUGACAACGACAUAACUGAUAAGCUUAGUACAUUUAAGCGUAAACCAAAGCUAUUAGAUUCACUAAAUUACAAAGGAAAAUGUUUCGAAUGAGGGAACCGUUUGAGAGCGAGAAGCUCCAACUGCAGGAGCUCAACCAAAGACUCAACCAGUACCUAAUGCGUGCAAAACAGUUGGAACAAGAAAAUGCCAGCUUGAUAAGCGAAAUUAAUACAAUCCGAAAAAACAGGUCUGGAGAAUGGGAAAACAAACACAUGUCCGAGCUAAGGGAAAUGAGGAGACUGGUGGAGCGGUUAUCUUUCGAGAAAUGCAGAGCAGAGAUGGAGCGCCAGAAGCUGCGCAAUGAACUUCAGAUGCUUCAAGCGAUGCGUUCAGAGGAGGCUUCGGUGAGCAAAGGCGUCGACACGGAGCUGAAAGGCUGCGAGAGGCAGCUCCAUAAUGCUAUUAAGACCAACAGUGCUUUGGAAGAUCGCCUCAUUGAGCUUGAAAACGAAUAUAAGUUUUUGGAAGAUGCCCAUAGAAAGGAAAUCGCCCAUCUGAGGGACCAGGCGCACUCCCGAACUGUACGUGUCGUGACUCAAAGGUAUCACGCACCUCCAGCAGUUACGAUGGAAGAGGUGCAGGAAUAUGCGGCCAACUUCACUGAAAACUGGCAGUGGACUUUGGACAUGUACCGCCUGAAGGUCGAGGAAAUCGAAGAGUCUAUAAAAGCAGACCAAGCGAGGCUCGACGACAUUCAGAGGGAAAAGAGGGAAUAUGCUUCACAGUUCAAGAGGCUGCAUGACGAGAUUGAGAAACAAACCAAAGUGCAGUUGAACCUUGAGGAGCAGCUCAUGAACAUGCAAGAAAAUUUCAGAGCUGAGAUCUGCAAGUAUCAGGCUAUCAUUGAAGAACUGGAGUAUGAGCGCAGAAUGCUGUCUAACACCAUCUCAGAGAAGCUGAAGGACCAUCAGGAUCUCUUACAGGUCAAGAUGGGCCUUUCACUGGAAGUGGCUGCGUACAGGGCACUCUUGGAAGAAGAAGGAAGACAUGCUCAAUCGUGGUCUACUCAGCAUUCAAGAGAAAGAAUAAUAGAUAUAAAAUUGCCGGCCCAUCCUUACACUCCAAGAGCGUCUGUCAAUUCGGCAAGUCGACCAGCUAUAAGAAAAAAAGCCUUUACAGAUGUUAAAUAUAUGGAACCAAUUUCCAGCCUGAGAACCUCAUCUACGUCAAGUCAGUUUCAUUCUUACGAACCCUCCAGGAUCGUGCCUAUCAGUGUAUCAAAUCGUUCCCAGCAAAGUCCUGCUUCAAGACGGGACAUGAUUUCCUUCACCAAAGCAGUGCAGGCAGCUGCUUCCAGUACCCUGGAGCCUGGAGUCUCUUCUGUUGAGUUAAAAAGAGAAGAGACAGAUCAGAGAAUUAUGAGAAAAGAGAUUUCACAGCACUCUUCAAAGGGAUCACUUGAUCAUACCCCCUGUAGAAUCAAAAGUACAAAGAGCUCUACAGCCUCAAAAAUCGAGAAACCAAAGCAAGUGAAAGUGAUAUCACCUCCUGUGAGCUUCAACAAGUCCACCACUGAAGAAAAAAGCCAGAAAGAAGUUGAACCAAAAGCAAAGGGAAUUGAUGUCAAACAAGAUAAAGAAAAAUCCAAGGUAACCAUGGAAGAAGAAAGAAGGGAUGUGAAAGAAUCAAUAGCUAAAGAUGGGAAAGGGUCUGAAAAUGUAGGGCAUAAGGUGUUUGUAACCAUGAAACCAGCUGGUUUAGAUGCUAAGGUCAGCUCAUCCCCUGACUCAAAUGUCACAUAUCAUGUGGAAAAAACAGAGGAAGAGGAUGGAACCACCAAGACUCAGAUUGUCUUACAAUCUAAAACAGAGGAGGAAGUGGACCUGUCUGAAGAUUCUGCCUUGGAGGAACUUCUCAGUAAGGAAGUCAAGAAAGUCACCCUGGAGAACAUCAAAGGAACCCCAACAGGAACCAUGAUCAAGAACCUGCUGAGUCUUGGCUGGCAAGGUGAAAAUUUGGAAAAUAGGUUAGUGAAUGUGGAGAUAAUCGAAGAACCGGUGAACUCUGAUGAGGAAGGUGAAAUUGAAAUAGAGGAGACUGUGGAGAUUAAGUCUAAACAACCAAAUAUUGAUCCCUCAUCAUUUUUCUACCAAAUCGAGGAGCUAGAGAGUGACCCCAAGACCAUGGAACCUGAUGAGAGUGGUUCUCCUGAAGCCUCACAAUAUGGAAACAUUGGCUCUGUACAGGUUCGGGAAGUUACCAGUGAUGAAAGCUUACCCUACUUCUCACAUGGCCAAGACUCACAAGAGUACUUUGUCUCCACUCCUGAAGACAAUAUGUCAGAGUCUGAGGAGGGUGGGAGGUUUAUGUCUUAUUGCCAUUAUGGAGUCGUUGAUGAUCUGUCUGAUGAAAGAUAUUACCAGGAAGACGACCCUAAACUUCCCACUGCUGAAGGUCACAGUUACAGAGAAUCACCUGAAUUCGAGCACUCGUUUUUGAGAGACAAUAUCCAAGACUGCAUAAUUGAAGAGGAGGUGCAUGUCUCUCCCACACUGCAACAGUCCAUAAUGGGGAUCUUGAGGGAGGACACAUUAGACCCUGAACAGCAGCUUAGAGGAGCAUUAGAGCAAAUCCAAGACACUGUAUCUGGAGCCCUCAAGGAAGAGCUUGCCUUUUUUACGAAAGGUAGGGAGACUCCAGAAAAUGUCUCUGUGGACAUUAAAAAGGUAGAACAAGUUACAGACAAUGGAACCAUGACCAUUGUAGCAGAGCUUAAUGUUUCCCAGACACUGGAGGAGUCCGGGUUGCUGGAAGCUGAAGGAGAUGAUCUAUCUGAAGAGCAGAUAAUGGCAGCACUAAGCUCAUCCCACCCAAAGCUCCAGCAGGCUAUCGGCGGAGGAGCUGGUGCAGGAUACACUAUGAAAAUUUCCCAGGAGGAGAUUCAAACGGAGGGAAUGCCAUGGAUGACCGACGACCAAGAAAUCCGACAAUGGAGCUCAACCGAUGAGGCUGGCAAGACAGAAAAACACAUCAAGCUGGGCCCCAGUGAGAAAUCUUUUACUUUUCAGAUGGACGUGAACAACGGCUCUUCUGCAUCAGCGAGCGGAGGAGCUGUCGAAGUACAAAGAGGUGGCAGUGCUACUGAGUUCCCACAGACCCAGAUGAUUGACCCCCACUUGAAGGUCUGUCAUGAGAAAAGAAUCGCAACUGUUUAUCUCGAAAGCCCCAAAGAGUGAUAUCAUAAUGAAAUAACAUUGAAAUUACACAAAAUAUCAAGUCAAACACAUAAUUAGUUAUGAACUGGACAAAUUAAAUAAGGAGUUGUAAACCAUAAUCCAAAAUCCAUGGCCUAUCAUGACUAUACAACCACUGUUCAAAAGUUUGGGGUCAGUAAAAUUAAAAUUAUUCAGAAAUUAUGCAUUACAUUGAUCCAAAGUGACAGUUAAGACAUUAAUAAUGGUUUCUGUUUUAAAUAAAUGAUUCUGACACUGAAGACCGGAGCAACGGCUGCUGAAAAUGUAACUAAG